CAGCCACGCCCCCUCAAAUUUAUCAAAGACAAGUGAUGCGAGCUGAGUCUGGAUGAUAAUGUCUCAGGAGGAGCUGGAAGAGCCGUGGGGCCAACUGAUAUCCACUAGCAACGUCGCUGGGACGGAGGAAGAGAGAGUCCCCGUACUGGGACACAAGUUCCUGAUAGGAAGAGACAAAGACGUGGAGCUGGUGGUGGCGGAGAACAGGUUUGUCUCCUCGCGGCACUGUCUGUUGGAGAGAGAUGAGAAGGGAGGGAAAUGGAUAAGUGAUUCCAGCUCUAACGGAACACUACUCAACGGAGCAAGGCUCCAGAGACACAAGAGAGUCAAGUUGAGGGAUGGCAAUGUCAUAGGUGUGGUGUUCAGGAGGGACAAGCCUGAUUUCAACUUGUCAUACAGGUUCCAAGAUCUCGUUCCGACUGACCCAUCGUCUGAGGCAGGUGCAGGAACAGAGGAGGAAGGAGACGACACUCUGGAUUUGACACAGUCCCUUGAUGAAGACACUGAGAAUAGGGAGGACAACGAUGUAGUGGAGAGGAGAGGUGGAGGAUGUAAGAGGAGACUGACAGAGGAAGAGAGCAGGAGUGGACCAGUGGCCACUGUCGAUGUGGAGAAGGAUUCUAAGAAGGCAGGUCAACAGGAAGAGAGUGCUAGUGACCUUACAAAAGAGUGUCUGAAGAAGAAGGAUGAGGAGGAGGAAGAGGAGGAGGCUGGUAGCUCUAAAGCUGGGGCAGAUGUGCCUGCACUUGUCAAAACAGGCUCCAUUGAACAAACCCUCAUAUGCCAGAUAUGCCAGGAAAUCUUCCAUGACUGCAUCAGCCUGCAGCCAUGUAUGCACUGCUACUGUGGCGGCUGCUACUCAGAGUGGAUGAAGGAUUCUAAUAAAUGCCCAGCAUGUCGGUGUAAGGUGAAGAGAGUCAACAGGAACCAUCUUGUCAACAACCUUGUGGAAGCCUUUCUCAGGGCAAACCCAGGGAAAAAGAGGUCAGAAGAGGAUUUGAAAGAGUUGAAUGAAAAGAACAAGAUCACCAGAGACAUGCUGUACCCAAAGCGGCGGUAUGACGAUGAUGACUAUAGCCACAGUGACACUGAUAACUCAGAAUAUGGUUCCUCUCCUCCUCCAUUCAUAGGUGGACCUUCGUCCUUCUUUGGCUCAGGUUCAGCAUCAAACUUUGGUGGUCGGCCAAUCCCUGGCCAGUUCCACUGUCGCCAGUGUCCGACGUAUGUGGGCCCCUCCCCCUCCUCCCAUCCUCCCCCUCCCACCUUCACCUGCUCCCCCUCCUCCACCAACCACAUCCUCUGCCAGUGCUGUUUCCUGCCCAUGCCAGACCGCAGAGCUGAGGCAGACUCCAACACACCACCUCAGAAAUGUGCACUGUGCAACCAGCCAUUCUGUCACAUGUACUGGGGAUGCUCUCAACCGGGCUGCAAUGGGUGCCUGUCCCUCUUCAAAGACAUGGAGGUCAGUGAGGCUUCUCUGAGCAGUAGCAUCAAUGAAAACCCCUUCGAAUGGAACGUUCUGAAGGACUAUCUCCAGGGGCAGAGUAAGACUGUGAAGGAUAUGCUGAGAGAGUGCAUUAGCAGACUGGACUCUGGACAACACCACUGCUCAGGUCUGCCAGUAUGGAAAGUGGCAAGUGUGGCUAGUGAAGCCAUCAGUGACACAAAACACUUAUAUCAUGCUGGCUUGAGGUUUAAAUCGCUCCUAUGUAAGGGCUACAUUUAGACUAAAAACGGAAAUUAACUUUCACUGCCAUCUUUAUGUACCUUUGGAUUGUGAGGCUUACGGUUUUACUGUCUUUCUUUGGCAGAUUUGCGCAUCACCUCUGAUGUAGUCACAUGUCGCAGGUGUGCCCUGACACCGAUGAAGCAGCUGGUGUACCUCUACCGCUCUGACAUACCAACCAGUGACCUCCCUGGUACCGCAUGCAGUAUAAUAUGUUCUUUUGUUGGCAAAUAUUGACGUCAGUUUCAUUGACGUAUUAUGAAGACACAUGAAACUGUUCCAUACUGUGGAAACCGAGACCGACACCAAUUGGAGAAGAAAGUGGCCAUGGUAUUAGUGAGCUCAGGGUGUCCUUACUGAGAGGUUCCACUGUACUCCCACAGUUGGUUGAUUGACUGGCAAUUAAUAAUCACCAACACUAGAUCUUUGGCUAUACUAUUAGUGGCCCUGUUACAGUUUUUGCCCACUGCUAGGCAGAACCUGUACAAUACAAACCACCACAGUCAACCAGUACACGCUCUGAAUGCUGUCAAUAUUGACUCCCCGUAGAGUCAGCCAGGAGAAGGCCAGACUGCCACUGGGGCAAAAACUGUCGGACCCAGAAACACAACGCAAGCCAUGCUGCGAGGUACAACCAUGUUUGUGAACAGACACGGACUAGCUAACAUGAACUGUAGUACUGACUUCAUUUUGAGUUCUCCUUCACCUCUUCUCAUACUAGAAUAAUGUAUUGUGUUGUGUUUAAUAAUAAUUAUAGUAUAUAGGAAUGGACA